AUGAAUUCUGAUAAUAUCUACGAGGACCCUCAUAGGGUUCCCCAGCAUUCCCUCCGUCAAUAUGUGACGACAGAUAGUGUCUUGCUUCCAAUUCCUCGUGAUACCUUUGAGAAGCUCUACCUGAACCCCAAGCUUCCUCACAAGGGAAGUCUUCACAAAACUUUUGGAAAUCCGACUCCUAUUGCUCUGAUGGGGUUCGUGUUGUCUGCGUUACCUAUGUCUUGCAUUCAGAUGGGUUGGCGGGGCGCUGGCGGCAACGGUGGUGCGAUCCUGCCCGUUUACAUUUUCUUUGGUGGAUUAGUUCAAAUUCUUGGAGCAAUCGGCGAGUGGCUAAUUGGAAAUACUUUUUCAUCUGCUCUUUUUUUCACAUAUGGGACAUUCUGGCUUGUUAAUGGAACCUCCGAAAUGCCAUUUUUCGCAGUGGGCGUCAAUUAUUCACCUACUGGAAACAACCUGGAGGGCCAGACCACUGAUAUGUUUUAUGCUACUGUUGGAUUCUACUACAUAUUCCUAGGCGUAUUGUCGUUUGUCUAUCUCAUUUGCUCUAUUCGGACAAACAUGUGCCUUGUACUCGGGCUUAUCAUUCUUGUUGUCGAUGUUGGCAUGUUUUGCGGAGUCUAUUUUAAUCUUGCGCUGGGCAAUUAUGGUUUGGCUGGAGGACUCAAGGUGGCUGCUGGCGCCUUGACAAUGGCACUGUGUGCCCCGGUUGGGUACCUUUUCAUUGCUCAGAUCCUGGAAGCAGUCGACUUCCCCAUCAGCCUGCCAGUUGGAGACCUCAGUACGAUGAUACUUGGCAAAACUCAAAGAGCUCGUAUGGCGGAGCAGGUGAAUAAGCCCUUACGAGAUUUUCUACCUCAGUAA